CAYAAAAACAAAAGCAAAAAACAGCAAAAGCAUAGAGAAACCGGCAAGGGGUGCUCAGCAAUUCGUUACAAGGUAUUCGCCGCUUUAGCCGCCCGGCCAACCAUACAUAUGCCGAGUAUAAUGUGGAGUACAAUAUCGCCGACAAAUUCUAAGAAAUUACUUAUUGGCAGCACCCGAAGCGUCGACUAUGUCGGAAACACAGCAACAACAGCAACGCCCACAAUCACAGACACAGCCACAGCAACAAGCACAGCAGCGAAUACACCGAAUCGUGCAGCAACAACAACACCAACAACCGCCAGCAAUAAAACACAAUCGACGAAAAUCUCAAUCGCAAUGGAAAUUCACAUACAAAAUAAGUGCAUCUCAGCAUAGCGCAUCACUCUGGAGGGUGGCGCGGAGCCCCCAUGGCUGCAGGGCCCCCUUAAAGCGGCAUUUUUGGGGGCCUCUGGCGUCGGCAAAACCAGCAUAUUACAGCAAUUCUUCUACCACGACUUUCCGAAGACACAUCAGACCACUACGCGCAGAAAGAUCUACAAGAGCUGUCUGGUGUGCGACACUUGCAUACGCGAGCUGAUGGUAAUCGACGUUCCACCCCAGAAACGUUUCCCGGCCGAUAACUUUGCCGAAUGGAAUAAUGGACAUCCGCUGGGGUUGCGAACCGUACACGCAUAUGUUUUAGUAUUCGACAUGGGCAAUUUGGAAACAUUUCAGUACUGCCGCGCAAUGAGAGAGCAAAUAUUGGAUAGUUUUAGUCAUCGAGAUUUUAGUAUAAUUGUAAUUGGUAAUAAAUACGACACGGUCACCGAGCUGCAGGCUACUUCACAGGAGCUUAAGGAUAUUUCAACACUGGUGCGCAAACAUUGGCGUUGUGGCUAUGUGGAAUGCUCUGCCAAGUAUAAUUACAAAAUUGGCGACGUAUUCCGAGAACUGAUGGGCUGUACCAGCUCCGGUGCUAUUGUCAGCGAAUUCACACAAUCAACUAGGAAUAAAGGACGUUGCACAAUACUUUAGCGUUAUCUGCUCAAAUUCUUCAAAGAAGGCAUAUGAGUUGCGGUCAAAGGGUCCAAGCUACAGCUGUAUACUUUCGAGCCCAUCGCUAAAUUUCCCACGAACGAAACGAAAGACUAACCAAAUGCCGCCAAUUUAAGUAGAUAUACAUACUUACUUAGGUAUGCACCAUAUGAAGAGGUAAAGUCACAAAUUCACCUGCAAAAAUCAAAUUGUUGCAGCUGUUAGCUCCCUUCAGGGCGAAUUCAUGCUAGUUUAUGUGGAUUAUAAUACGCA